UUUCAUUCUUAUAACUUUUAGUUUUAAGCUCGUUCUAAGGGUUUUGUUUUUUGGCUAUCUAAAAAAAAAGGUUUUUUUUGGCUGAGCUUUCUAAAGUUAGUUUUAAGUUAGUAACGUUUUUUCCCUCCUCCAGCCGCCGAACGCCGUCUCAGCCGUAGCCUUCCCUCUCAGCCGCAGUUGUCCCUCUUAGCCGCAGCUUCUGCUCGCUUCCCUCUCAGAUGCCAACGCCAGACGCCACUCAAUAGAGCGGUGAAGCAACUGUUGACCGGUGAAAAUGAAGCAUCUCAACUGGUGUAUUACCGGUUCAACAGCUUCUCACUGCUUAGGGAACCAAUGAUAUUAAUUUCUGGAUUUUCUUCUUUUUCCUCACAUGCAUAAUUUAUAUGCAUGCUGACUUGACAAUCUCAAAGUCUUCUGCUUCUUAUUUGGCAAAGAAGCAAUGGGAUGAGGUGCUCAGGAAGUUGAGACCAUCAUAAGCUCUUGAUUGACUAUUCAUGAUAAACUAAAAUCAUCACUGCGUGAUCUCUCAAGGACAGGGGAUGUUCAAGCUUGCAAAGCUGCUCGAAAAGAAGCUGAGGGUGUUAGAUUAUUGGACUUAUAUUGCAUGUAAUAUUCACAAUAUUUUAUUUAUCGGGUUUAAUUGUAUGUUAUAUGCUAUCUUAUAUUUAGGCCCAAAAAUUAGUGGUCCUAUGGAUAUUAAUUUAAGUGGGCUAAUAAAUUAUCUAAUAAGGUAUAGGGCCCAAAUGUGUAGAGACCCAUGGGCUUGACCUAAUCAAUGAUGGGCUGAUUAGGGUUAAGCACUCUCUAUAAAUAAGGGGUUAUGGUCCCUAGUUGAACACGUCAUUCUGUCUUUCUGCAUCCCAUCGCUAGAGAGAUAAUCCCGAGGGUGUGUAUCAACUAGAAGACACAAACCCUAGCCUCCGUCUCCCGGAUCUCUAAAGGUCAUCUCCCAUGGAGUCAGGUACGCUUCCGCUCAGUUAAUUCUCCAGAUAAUUUCAAUAUGAAGAUUAAAGUAUUCAUGGAUUUAUUCCAACAAUUGGUAUCAGAGCCUCCUUCAUAUUGAAUUAUUUGGAAUCAGUAUCAUAGAUCCAGAUAUUUCUAGAUCUUGAUCUAUCGUUAUAUAAUUAUGUAUAAUUAAAUGAUGUCGCUCUUGGAAUUUAAUCGUACAAUUGAUGUCAGAUUAGUAGACAUCAUAAAUUAUAUCGUAUUAUCGUAUAUGAUUCAAUUUUUUGCAUAUGAUGAUGGUUGAUCGAUUUUUUGCGUACAAUACAAUGAUCAAUUUAAUAUCAAAUCAAUUAAGGAUCAAAGUGUGGUUUUGAAUUGUCAGUCCACUAGGCAAUCAUUCUGAAUUGAGGAUCAAAGUAUGUUUUUUUGAAUUUUGUAUCUACAGACUUAUGCUGUUUUGAGUAUUGAAUUUGGAUAUGAAUUCAAUUUUUUGUAUUGGCCGUAAUGCGGCUGCUACAAAACCUAGGGAAGGAAUAACUUUCCUAAUCACUAUUCGCUGGAACGUUUUAGGAUGCAUGGGCUUUGUAAUGGUUUUAGUUCUUCGGUAAUUUAAGAAGUUGCGGAAUAUUAUAUGUUUAACCACAAUAAUUAAAUCAUAUGACUUUGAUAAUUAAGUACAUAUAUGUAAUUAUUAUCAGUUUUGGUAAUUAAAUACUUAUAUGUAAUUACGGCCAAUAUCAGUUUUAUUAAAAAUGCAUGAUUUUGCAUUACCGGAAUAUAUUAUUUUUGGUCGUUGUAAUUUGUGGCUUGAAAAAUAUGUAUUGUGUGUCAAACCCUAUUUUAUGAUCGCACAACGAUUGGGUAUGGGUUUUACAAAUUAUCGUUAUACAUAACACAUUUACAUGUGAUUCAGAAAAAUUCGCCCAAUUUUAUUUUCAGAUUGUUGAUUUAAUAUUAGCAUGUCUAAUAUUUGGGUUGAUUAAUUGACACAACAUGCUGCCAAAGUAGCCUAUCUUGUUGAAAUUAAUUAACUCAUAUAUUAAGAUGAUUGUGUACUCUUAUUUCAUGCGGAUAAUAAUCGGCCCAAAGGAAGGUUAUUAUUUGGCCGAAAUUUAAGUACAUUUGUGAUAAUAAAAUUUGUGAUGAUUAUGAAGCUUUUCGUGUGAAUAUUAAGUCGGUCCAAAGAAAGGCUUAAUAUUUGACAUGAUUUUAUUAUCAAAUUUUUUUUAUCACACCAAGAGUACCACUUGCAAGUCUAAUUUAUGCCCAAAGACAAGAUUAGAUGUUGCGCUAGGUAUCUUGUGAUGGGGAUUGCUAAUAUUUAAAUUUAAAAUUAAUUAUCAAAUUAAUUUCAGUUCCUAGAGCAUAUCGUUUAUAUAUUUUUUUGUUCUCUUUCAGUCAAUAAUUCUGCUGCUACAAUAUCUGCUAAAAUUUAUAGCAUCCCAGUGCUUAACGACACGAAUUUUAAGGAAUGGAAAGAGAACGUUAUGAUCGUUCUCGGCUGCAUGGAUCUAGACCUUGCACUUCGGACUGAGAAACCCACCGCUCUUAAGGACACAUCUACCCUUGAUGAAAAGAGGGAGAUGGAGAGGUGGGAACGCUCAAACCGCAUGAGUCUAAUGAUCAUGAAACGUGCAAUUCCAGAAUCAUUCAGGGGCACAAUGUCUGAUGAGGCUGAUGCAAAAUCGUUCCUUGCCGAACUUGAAAAGCGUUUUGCUAAAAACGAAAAGGCGGAAACUAGUACUCUUUUGAGCACUCUUGUUUCCAUGAAGUACAAGGGCAAAGGGAACAUAAGGGAGUACAUUUUGGAAAUGUCUCACAUUGCUUCAAAACUAAGUGCACUAAAACUUAUUUUACCUGAGGAAUUGCUUGUGUAUUUAGUUUUGAUCUCUCUUCCUUCUCAAUUUAAUCAAUUUAAAGUCAGUUACAACUGCAUUAAGGAGAAAUGGUCUCUCAAUGAGCUCAUUUCUCAUUGUGUUCAAGAGGAAGAGAGAAUAAAGCAAGAUAAGACAGAAAGUGCUCAUUUGGCAUCUACCUCUAAGGGCAGCAAUAAAAGGAAAAUUAAGGAAGCUGCAAAUUCGGGGCCUCCCAGGAAGCAUCACAAGGAAACUAAGGAAGAAACUAAGGAAUCUGGAUGCUUCUUUUGCAAAGGGACUAAUCACAAGAAAAAGAACUGCACUAAGUACCAUGUUUGGCGUGCGAAAAAGGGUAUGUCUCUUUCUCUUGUUUGUUCUGAGGUUAAUUUAAUUUCAGUACCAAAAGACACUUGGUGGGUAGAUUCCGGUGCUACUACUCACAUAAGUGUAUCUAUGCAGGGUUGCCUGAGCUGCCGAAAACCAAUUGAUGGUGAAAGAUACAUCUAUGUCGGUGAUGGCAAGCGGGUUGAAGUUGAGGCUAUCGGUGUUUUUAGAUUAUUAUUAAAGACUGGUUUUUAUUUGGAUUUGAAAGAGACAUUUGUUGUGCCGUCAUUUAGGCGGAAUUUAAUUU